UUUCUUUUCUCAGGUGUGUUUUUAUUUACUAUCGUAAACAAUACUAUUGGAAAAUAAAAAUACAUAUCAUUAGUGAAUUAACAUUUUUAUUCAUAUCAAAAGCUUUUAUUGGAUAAUAUUUCAACGUCUAAGAUUUGAUAGAAGAAGAUGCCAGAAAAUUCAAGAGGAAACGAAGAAAAUAUACGUAGGAACGCCAAUGAACCCCCGCCUACUCUAACUCCUGCACACACUGUUCAAAGUUUUACAUCACUAAGACGAAAUCUAUCAGGUCUCUCUGAGGUCGAUGGUCACCUGAUGCUCGGAGUCCUGUCUCAGGCUGUGGCGGAGAACAUCAAAGCGGGCCCACAUGGGGCGCUGCAGCCGUCUCAGUCGUUCAUACCACCUGAACGCAUGAGUAUAGCGUCCAUUCAAACUGUUUUGAUGAAAAUAACUCCCUCGUAUGAAGAAGAACCAAUCGAUUUUGAAACAGCGAUUGAAGAAACCGGUCACGGCUGUUUCCAGUACAAGUUGUGGGUCUUGUGUGGCUUCGUGUAUGCUUGCUGUUCAUUGUCCACGACGACACUCUCACUCGUGCUGCCCGCGGCUCAGAACGACUUCAACCUCAAGUCAGUCGACAAGGGAGUGCUAAACACGGCUCCUCUGUGGGGUAUGGUGGUCGGGGGCUACUUCUGGGGUCAUUUCGCCGACAGUAGAGGGCGUAGGUUCGUUCUUCUCUGGGCCCUCUCGAUCGACUGUUUGGCUUCGUUCGUGUCCAGCCUCUGCCAGCAUUACGAGCCUUUCUACGUGCUUCGGAUCUUUAACGGAUUCGGUAUAAUCGGUGCUACCAGCAUAGUGUUCGCGUACUUAGGGGAGUUCCUAGGUAGUUCUCACCGGGACCGGUACUUGGCCAGGCUAGAGUUGAUGUGGACUGUGGGCAUCAUCGCUCUGCCCGUAAUCGGCUUGGCGAUUCUCCCGCAUAAAAUAGAGUUCGGUGAAAGAGGCGUUUUCGUGUACGAUUCCUGGCGCAUGUUCGUAUUCACUUGUGGCAUCCCCAGUAUGAUCGCGGCCCUGUGCUUGUCCAGGAUGCCGGAGAGUCCACGAUUUCUACUGCUUCAGGGGAAACUGACAAAGACUCGCGAUGUUUUGGUAAGAAUGUUUGUCAGCAACACCGGAAAAUCCAAAGACGAGUUCUCGGUCAAAGUUCUUAGCGAGAGUGCAGAAGCGGAUCAUUAUUACUUCCAAACAGUGAAGAACAUCCCUUUUUGUAAACGAGUAAAGAACUUAAUGGGGGGGAUUUUAAAACAGCACGCAGAUCUGUUCAGCGGUAGAUCGUGCUUCAACAUCAUCAUUACUUGUUACGUCGACUUCGGCUUAAUAUCGGUGUACUACACCAUGAUGUUGUGGGUGCCGGAGCUGCUGCACCGCCAGAAACACUACCUGGACACUCAUCCCGGCUCGAGCCCCUCGCUGUGUACCACCGCUUCUAUCCAGGCCGAGGAGGAUCAGGCCAGUUCUGAAAUAAAGCUAGAGACGUUUCUACACACCAUCAUCACAUGCCUGGCCUGCAUGCCCACCACACUGAUGUUGCUGUGUCUCAUUGAGCUGGUCAGCAAGAAAGUCCUACUUGUCGGUAUCAUGCUCAGCGCUGCUGUACCCGCAGCCUGCCUUGUUCACGUCUAUUCCGUAUUUCAGGCCGUCACCAUGCUCAGUCUGCUCAAGUCACUCACUAACCUAGCGGAGGCAAUCUUGUUCUGCGCCAUCGUCCAGAUCUUCCCCAUCAACACACGCGGGACAGCGCUGUCUCUGACCGUGACUGUCGGUCGCAUCGGGUCUGUCGUCGGCAACGUCGUCUUUGGUGUCAUGAUCGACAAGCACUGCAGCUACCUGUUUUACGGCAUGGGAGCCAACCUGGUGCUGAGCGGGCUGGCGUGCUUAUUGCUGCCAACUAUGAGGCGGGAAACCUGAUCCACACUUUCCAAUUAUGGAAUUCGUUUUCAGUGUUUUAUUUGUUGGAGUAAUAAAUAGUUCAACAAA